UUUAAAAACUAUGCGCUCUGCUGCAUGCCUGCCUCUGGGAGUGGAGCUCAUGUGCCUUUUGGCAGACAAAAGGCAGGAGGGCAAACAUUAGCAGGGCUCUCUAGCUAAAAACACAGAUUAUUUAAAAAAAAAAAAAUGGAUCCAAAGACUGGAAACUCCUGGAAGGGCCUCGUCUCAGAGCUGGAAAGGUUUCACAUGAUAGCUACAGAGCUGAAGGUGUCAGGCAGAUUCCUCCUCAGACCUCUGGAUGCAGCUCUGCAGAUGCUUACCAACCUACUAGCCAGGAUUUUAGGGAGCAACCUGGUCCGAAGACAUUUCCACCUGGUGCUGUCUGGCCUGGUCCUCUUUGGACCUUUGCUGAGUUUCUGGGUAUCCAAGCACAACAUCUUUGCGAACAGCAACCAUUUCCUUUACAGGAAGUUCCUCAGAUCCACUUGGGGCUGGACCUGCAUCCUUACCGGCUCCUUCGUCCUCCUCCUCUCCUUCUCUGCUUGUCGAUCCGUCCCGGUUUCCCUCCGCCACUUCUCUCGGAUAGGGCUGGCAGGUUUGCUCUGGUGGGGGACUCGACGCCUCCUCACCCUGCUGGAGGACGCAGCGGGGAGCUGUUAUGAACCCAUGCCCCCCGCCCAGGAUGUCCAGAGCCCUGCUGCAGCAGCACAGCCUCCCCUGCUGCUGCAUGAAGACCAAACCAAAGCCUCCUGCCUUAGAGCAAAUCUACUUUGGAGGGGUUAUGAAGUGUCCCAGAACGUGCUGAUUCUCUGUUUGUGCUGCUUGCUCCUCCUGGAGGAGAUUUCCGUCUUCGGCCGACACUUAUCCCACGAGAAACGCCAGCAGAGGUCACCUGGAGCUCCGAUAAGAAUCCUCUUCCUUCUCUGUGUGGUCCUGCUCAUCAUGUGGAUGUUCUUGCUUCUCUGCUUGCUUGCAAACUUCCCCAACUGGCCGUCCCAACAGCUGGGAGGAGCGCUGGGCUACCUUGGCUGGAGAGGACUCUAUCAGGGAUGGUACCGGCUGAACCUGAGAUGGUGCUGCCCCGGCUUACCAGGAGAGGAACUUUUUAUCACCUCUGGCUCUGUGAAGGAGCCCAAACGGCUCUGAAGGAUGUUUUUCAAAGUAAGACGUG